AGGUGGUCCAUCGUCUAGGCCUCCAUUUGAACCGAGCCCUAUAUAGCGCGCUCUCCGCUGCCGCGUCGAGUCGAUGCACAAGCGCAAGGCGAUACAAAAUCUGCAGAGACAUUUAUUUGGCCGGAUCAGUGAGCACCACCGGUGCUGCCGUGGGAGUUCACCGCCCGUUCCCGUUGCCCCGAGUGCAGAAAGGGGUGAGGCUUGAGCUGAAGAAAACUAGCAUCCCUCCCAGAAAUUAAAAACAUUUGCCGGAUCGGAUCUUUGCGUGGGUUCUUGGCCGGACGUGCCCGGCCAGCUCCAAAAGCCGAGCCGGGGGCGGCCACUUGCGGCGAUUACCUCGUCCUCGACGUCGACCCUUUUGAGGUGUGCGAAUGAUUGCGCGCUUCGCGUCCCCGCGACGCCUUCGUCCUGCUCGCCUCGUCCCGCUCGCGUUUUGAGCCGUGCUCCGGGUCUGGGCGGGGCGGGGCGGGGCGGUGGCCUCUCUCGCCUUGUUGCCUUGUGCUCGGACUCUUAGGCUGAGGAGGCGAGGGGCAAGCAGGAGGAAUCUUCCCCUCCCCGCCUAGCUGCAGCUGCUGCGCGUUGGUGUGGCGAGGUGAGAGCACGCGUCGCGUCGUCUCCGCUUGGUUUAGUGGCUUUCCUUUGCUCGGUGGCUGUUGCCUGAAAAGUUCUCGGGAAAAAGGUUUCAGCUUCGGGGCUUCACGUAGACGUAGGCGUCUCGCCGUUUCGCUUCGACUGACUGUCGCCUCUCUAGGACGGCGACGCCAUGGGCCGCGCAAUGAGGUGGCUCAAGAAGGUUCUCACCGGCAAGAAGGAAGGGGUCAGGGAUCACAAGGAGCACCAUGCCGCGUGCGCCAGCGGUGUCAUCGGGCCAUCGGUAGAGAAGAGGAGGUGGAGCUUCGCGAAGCCGAGGAACAGCGUGGCUGAUGGCAGUCGGAGGCCUUCGGUGACCACCGUCGCCGCCGGGGUGCUGUCGCAGGUGCGGCCGUGCAACUGCGGCCAGGAGCGAGAAGUGGACGCCGUCGUCAUGAUCCAGAAGGCCUUCAGAGGCUACUUGGCUAGGAAGGCACUGCGUGCCCUCAAGUCGCUCGUGAAGUUGCAAGCUCUGAUACGUGGCUACCUCGUGAGGAAGCAGGCAGACACGACUCUGCGCAGGCUGCAAGCGCUCAUGAAGCUCCAGGCCUCCUCGCACGCCCUCAAGACGGCCUCAUCCCGGAAAUCCAUCGAACAACAGCGGAUUGUUGCGCAAGAUGCGCGCGUGAAGCCGCUGUCGCUUCCGGUGGUGCACCGCCGGCGGCUGUCUGAUGGCGGGGACUCCGCCAUCGAGCGCAGCCCGAGGAUCGUGGAGAUGGACACGUGCCAUCUCCGCUGCCGGUCGUCCCGGAUCACGAGCCGGUACGCCGCCGACUCGCCGGGCUCCUCGCCGCUCCUUUACCUGUACAAGCCGGCGUCGCGCCUCCAGGAGCACGAGCCCCCGCACCCCAAGACGACCCACAACACGCCCCGCCUCGGCGCGUUCCCCGGCUUCCUCGGCUCGCCGGCGAAAGGGGGGCGCGCCGUUUCGUGCCGGGACGCCGGCAGCAGCCCGCGCUACAUGGCGGACACGGCCUCGUCCGUGGCGCGCACCCGGUGCCAGAGCACGCCCAAGCAGCGUCACGGCGCGCACGUAGCACAGGCGCCCGCGCCUGCCGAGCCGUGGCCCAGCCUUAGCCGCUCCUGCUCGAGGAACCAGGCGCGGCAGCUGGACAGCUUCAGCUUCAAGAGCUCGGAGGCCAGCCGCGUGGAGCAGUCGGAGUUCAGCAACGAGAUCACCAGAGAUUACUACCUGGACCGGCUCUGGUGAUCCCGCCAUUGCGCCACUGGUUUAGGAGAAGGAACUCUUAACAUUUUGGUACAUAUUAGUAGUAGGAUCAAGAAGGUUUAGAUCAUGGCAAGAUGGCAUUAUACUACGAGUAUGACUACUAAUCUAAGUACUAUGUGGCUCGACCAUGCAUCACAGAGGAGAUAAACUCUGUUCUACUUC